CUUUCCCAUCUUGCAAGAUGGCGGGUGAGAAGGCUGAGAAGAAGCCAGACACCAAGGAGAAGAAGCCCGAAGUCAAGAAAGCAGAUGCCAGUGGCCAAGUUAAGGCUAAGGGGCAAAAGCCCAAGAAGGGGAAGCCCCACUGCAGCCGAAACCCAGUCCUAGUCCGAGGAAUCGGCCGGUAUUCCCGCUCUGCCAUGUAUUCCCGCAAGGCCAUGUACAAGAGGAAGUACUCGGCGGCCAAGUCCAGGGUUGAGAAGAAGAAGGAGAAGGUCCAUGCUACUGUCACAAAGCCAGUCGGUGGUGACAAGAACGGCGGGACCCGAGUGGUGAAGCUGCGCAAAAUGCCUAGGUAUUACCCUACGGAAGACGUGCCGCGGAAGCUGCUGAGCCACGGCAAGAAGCCCUUCAGCCAGCAUGUCAGGAGACUGCGCGCCAGCAUCACCCCAGGGACCGUGCUGAUCAUCCUCACAGGGCGCCACCGAGGCAAGAGAGUGGUCUUCUUGAAGCAGCUGGGCAGUGGCUUGCUGCUUGUGACUGGACCUCUCUCCCUCAAUCGAGUGCCUCUGCGCAGAACACACCAGAAAUUUGUCAUCGCCACCUCCACCAAAGUUGACAUCAGUGGUGUGAAGAUCCCCAAGCAUCUCACAGACGCCUACUUCAAGAAGAAGAAGCUGCGGAACCAACCCCAGUACUCCCCACAGCUGGUUCAUUCCGCCCUCAACAAGAGUGAAGUACAGCCAGUGACGCUGAUGCGCAUCAAGUCUGGGCAGCAUCGGUUUAGUGUGCUGCUGCACCGAGAGCUGGCUCCUUCUGAAUGGAUUGAAGAUAUUUUAACCUUCGAGACCAAGAACCCAACGGAACUGGCAGAACGCCUGCGCGCCGUGUGUGGCAAUCAGAGCAAUGCCUACGCCCGCUUGCUUGAAUACCGCCUGAACGCCCUGCGCGGACUGUGGAAUGCCCAGCGGCAGCUGGCCCUGGAAGAGCAGCACGAGAGGGAGAGCUCGGGUGACGAAGAGACUCUGGCCCUGCUCAAACGCCAGGGCUUGUUGCAGCAGCCCGAGCAAGCCCCCUUUACCUCCCGGGUGGGGCUCCUGCUGGUCUUCCCCCUCAUCCAGUCCCAGAGCAGAACAGACCCCUCUCUCUGUAACAUCACUGCCGAGGUGCUAUUGAACUGCCUUCGCGACUGCCAGCCCUUGAGCCUGACCAAGGAGCCGGCUGACUGUCUCAAUGGAAUUGAAACCUUGCUGUGCUCUUGGCUCGAGGAGACUUCCGACGCCGGCCGACACAUCCCACAUAAGCAAAAGGAAAACGCAGCUGCAGCCCUGGUGGCUCUGGCCUGUGCCAGGUAA